UCGCGCAGCCGGCGAAAGUAUUUUUCACGUUGUGGAAGUGAACGAUAUCAAUCCGUAUCUUUUGCUGUCUUUAUUUUUCUUUGGCGCAAAAAUGGGCGAUCCCGUUUCCGAGUACACAUCUCGACUUCAACAACAGGAAAAAGACAUUCAAUUACUUCAAGAUGAAAUAGAGAGGCUGAAGGAUUCGCAAGAGCUAAACUUCACAUCUUCUCAACUUGAGGAGUUAAAGGAGGAGAAUUCUCGCCUGAAGUACCGCCUCAAUAUUCUCAAAAGAAGUUUCCAGGAAGAGAUUAACCAAAAUUGCAAGACAAUGUUGAACAUCAACCAGCGCUUGCAGCAGAUCUUUGGGGAAGCCAUCAGUGCGGCCUACCCUGACCUGGACAACCCUCCGCUGACGGUCACACCUAACCAGCAGGCAAAGUUUGGGGAUUACCAGUGUAACAGCGCCAUGGCUAUGGCUCAGAUGGUGAAAGCUAAGGGUCAGAAGGCCAGUCCCAGAGAAAUAGCAGAAAAGAUUGUCCAGAACAUUCCUCAAAAUGAAUUGAUCGAGGGAACAGAGAUCUCAGGACCAGGUUUCAUUAACGUUCACCUGAAGAAGAUGUAUGUCUCAAAACUUCUCUCAAACCUACUCGUGAAUGGAGUUCAGCCACCACCUCUGCCAACGAAAAAGAAGGUCGUUGUGGACUUCUCCUCACCUAACAUUGCCAAAGAGAUGCAUGUCGGUCAUCUGCGGUCUACUAUUAUUGGAGACAGCAUGUGUCGACUCUUUGAGUUCCUGGGUUAUGAAGUGCUAAGGUUGAACCAUGUUGGAGAUUGGGGGACACAGUUUGGGAUGCUCAUUGCUCACUUGCAAGACAAAUUUCCAAAUUAUCUUACCGUUUCCCCACCUAUCAGUGAUCUUCAAGCCUUUUACAAAGAGUCUAAGAAGAGGUUCGAUGAGGAUGAAGAGUUCAAGAAGAGAGCGUACCAGUGCGUGGUCAAACUCCAGAGCAAAGAGCCAGACUUCAUCAAAGGCUGGAAACUCAUCUGUGACGUUUCCCGAAAAGAGUUUCAGAGGGUCUACGACUGCCUGGAUAUCCGCAUACAGGAACGAGGAGAGUCUUAUUACCAGGACAUGAUGACAGCUGUGGUGAAAGAGUUUGAGGAAAAAGGCCUGGUGGAGGUGGAUGAUGGCAGGAAAAUAGUGUUUGCUCCAGGCCAGUCUAUUCCCCUGACGAUUGUCAAAUCAGAUGGAGGGUACACUUACGAUACGUCCGAUCUGGCUGCCAUUCGACAUCGUCUGUUCGAUGAGAAAGCUGACAUUAUCAUCUAUGUGACUGACAGCGGCCAGUCAACACACUUCCAGGUGUUCUUUGCUGCUGCUCAGAUGAUCGGCUGGUAUGACCCUAAAGUCACACGGGUAGAGCAUGCAGGCUUCGGCGUGGUGCUUGGAGAGGACAAGAAAAAAUUUAAGACUCGUUCCGGAGACACGGUUCGCUUAAUGGAUCUUCUGGAGGAGGGUCUGAAAAGGUCCAUGGACAAACUGAAGGAGAAAGAGAGAGAUAAAGUGCUGACCCCGGAAGAGCUGGUGAAGGCUCAGCGAGCCGUGGCGUUUGGUUGCAUCAAGUAUGCAGACCUUUCGCACAACCGCAUCAACGAUUACAUCUUUUCUUUUGACAAGAUGUUGGAUGACAGGGGCAACACUGCGGCCUACCUUCUCUACGCCUUCACACGCAUCAGGUCUAUAGCUAGACUGGCUAACAUCCAGGAGGCCGCCCUGCGUAAAGCGGCCGAGACCACAGAGGUCUUGCUUGAUCAUGAGAAGGAGUGGAAACUGGGUAAAUGCAUCCUGCGCUUCCCCGAAAUCCUGCAGAAGAUAACAGAUGACCUGCUGCUUCACACGCUGUGCGACUACCUUUACGAGCUGGCCACCACCUUCACAGAGUUCUACGACAGCUGCUACUGCGUGGAGAAAGACAGACAGACGGGGGAAGUGGUGAAAGUCAACAUAUGGCGGAUGCUCCUCUGUGAAGCCACAGCAGCUGUGAUGGCCAAAGGUUUUGACAUUUUGGGUCUCAAUCCAGUAGAGAGGAUGUAAACUGGUCAGCGCUUCCACCCCAAACAUAAGUCCCUUUUCCAAAACAUCAAUGUCCCAAUAGAUUUUUAUGUUAUACCAAAUAAAACUCUUGCGACUACCUAUAAAGA